AUGACUGAACCAUUAGAAUCAAAAUUCAAAUUAAAAAUUAGAUCAAAAUCCAAAAUAAACUUAAUAGAUAAUAUAAAAAAUUUGACUAUUAGAAAAAAGAAAAAAAAUAAUCCAACCAAUAUUGAGGAUAUUUCUUUUAAUGAAAAUACAACAACUAAUAAAGAAACUCCUACAUUACCAGAAACAACAACUACUUCAAAUACAACUCAAACAAAUAAUAACAAUGUUAAUUUUACAAUAUCAUUAAAUAGUUCCGGUGUUAUGGAGCACAAUAAUAGUCCCUCAUCAUCUUCUUUGUCAAAACCAAUGAAAAUAUCAUAA